UCAACAGCACGCGUGCUUUGUUUUGAAACCAAAACAUGGAACAAACAAAAGGUUUUUAUGACUUUUGCAUACCAUAUAACAAUGAUGACAAAGUCCUGCGUGCCAUACUCAACGAACUACUGGAGCUGGGAUACAAGACAAUCGCAAUAGACCAAAGCUAUGAUCAUAGCAAAAAGGAGGCGGUCAAGCGAGGUGCCGAAAUGUUUCCUGAGCCAUAUAGUAUUGAACAUCUGCGCAAGGAGUUUUCCGGGAAGCUUACGAUACUUCAACGCAUUACUAUACUUUAUGUGGAUGUAAAUGUAUCACAUGCUAUGACAGUUUCCUUAAACUUGCGUAAGUUUAAUCUUAUUGCAGGCCAGCCCAAAACAGAUGCCGCUUUAACGCAUUGCUGUACUUCUUUCAAUGGUGACAUUAUUACCUUCGAUCCAGUAGCCGGUUCACGUUUGUUGGUCAAUCGCAAAUCGUAUCAGAUUGCAGUGCGUCGCGGCAUGUUCUUUGAGAUAAAAUAUGCUCCCGCCAUAUCAGACUCCAACAAUCGUAAGGACAUGAUUAAAGUGGCACAAAACUAUUUUACUAAAGGGAAAUCGAAGAAUAUUAUAAUUAGUAGCGGUGCGGCCCAUGAAUUCCAACUGCGGGGACCUUACGAUGUGGCCAAUCUCUCUUUUAUAUUUGGUCUUUCUGAAGAUCAGGGCAAGAACUCUAUCGAUCGUUUCUGUCGACAAUUAUUUCUGCGCGCCGAAUCUCGUAGAGUGGGCAAGACGAUAAUGUUUGUUAAGUCCAAAGGACCUGUUGUUUUCUCAGAUAGUGAAGAAAGUGCACAAGAGGAUGAAGAAAUGGAUGCUAUUGCUACAGACAUGACAGAUGAUACAGAAAAUAGUCCUGAAAAUAAAAGGCUCAAACUAGCAUAACUAUUUGUUAUGUUGUUGUAUUUACAUUUAUUGUUAAAC